CAGACAGCUCCUGAACGCAUCGCACUCCGGUGAGGUGGGUACUUUGAGUUACCUCAGAGAAACCAGUGACAACAAUGAGAGAGCAGUAAUCUGACCCACGGCAGCGGCAGCGCCUCUCGGAUUAAAAGGGUUAUUAUCAGGCGAUUACAGCAGGAAGUAGCCGGACCCAGGGCUUCGUCUAAUUAAAGUCCAGCCUCUGUUUCAGCCUCCUGCCUGAGUCCACCUGAGCGUCUCUCUCCGCGGCCCUGAAUGUCUAAACUACCAGGAAAUGCAGGUGUGUCGGUGCUCGGGGACAAGUCGCUGGAGUUCUACCGGGAUCCGGUGAGCUUCUGCCGGCAAAGGAUCGACAAACACCGGAGCAGAGUGUUUGUGAGCCGCCUGCUGAACCGACCGACCGCCUUCAUCUGCUCCGUGGAGGCGAUGAGAGAGCUGCUGUGCGAGAAGUCCAACCAGUUUCUAAAGGAUCCGACUGAUCUGAUGACAAACGUGUACGGUGACACUGUUGUUACCACUAAUGGUGAAGAAGCUUGCCUCCUCCGUCUGUCCCUCACCAGCCUGUUUACAGGAACACGUUUAGAAUCGUCAUCUGAUUAUAUCACCAGUGUCUGUGAGCGCUGUCUGAAGGACCUCUCUGUCAGAGGCCAGCCAGAGUGUGGAUACUCCGUCUUUAAGCGUCUGGGGACGGAGCUGGUGUUGGGCCUUUUUCUGAACGUACGAGCUGAGGAGCAGCCGGAACUUUUUGAGGAAAUCUCACAGCUCUGCACUACGCACUGGCAUGGUCUCAUCUCUGCUCCCAUAAACCUGAAGGCUCCUCUGUGGUCCUCGGGCUUUUCUACGGCUCUGGACGCCAGAGACAAACUGAUGGACAUCAUCAAAGACAAACUGCAGAAUGACAAACAGGGUUUUGUCGGCCACCUCGGUUCUCUGCCGCUGCCCGACUCCAGAGCUGCUGCCCAACAUCUGCUGCUCUUCAUCUCCGCUCUCAUCCCCAAAGCUCUGGCGUCGCUGCUCACCUCCUUCACCCUGGCACUCAGCGGAAACGAAAAGGAGGAGACCCGUCGGCGAGCAAAAGAAGACCCAGACUUCCUGCACAGAGUUCUGCUGGAGGUUCAGAGGCUUUGGCCGCCUUUCAUUGGAGGACGCAGAUUAGCUGAUCAGGACUCCACCCUCGCUGGGUUUCUCGUCCCUAAGGAUUAUGGUGUGGUCUACAUCAGCCACGCCGUCCAUCGAGACCCGGAGGUGUUUGAGCAGCCGGACAGCUUCCAGCCGGAGAGAUGGAGCGGAAGAAACGCAGGCCAGGAGCAUUUCCUGUGCUCCUUUGGCAACGGGCCCAGAAACUGCAUCGGACCGAAACUCACCAACAUCUUCCUCAAGGAAGCGUGCACAUACCUGUUAGAGCACUACGACUGGAGCCUGGACCCUCCGGAUCAGGACCUCCAGUACAAAUGGCUGCCGGUGUCUCGGCCCGCCGACCGCCCGACCAUCUCCUUCACCCCCACCGGACGUGACGCCAGCUAGAGAUGCACAGUAUGUUUAAUAAAGCACUGAAAGCUGUGACUGUCAGGCAAACAUAUGGGUCUAGAAUGAGCAGAGGAAGCUGGAGGAUAUCUUGCAGAGGGAAGCCGGCGAGCUGCGAGGCCCCCCCCCCCCCCCCCCCCCCCCUCCACAGUUAUCGUCAUGGGGAAAGCCGAGGAGUGCUGGUUUCACUCCGUCUGUUCCUCUGCCAGAUAUUCUGCAGCGUUCCUUGAUGACUCUGCAACGGAAGACGAGAGAAAUGAGUCAUUCUUCCAUUGUUGACCGUGCCGCUGCUAGACAGACGUUUGUGUUCUGUCUUUUUUUAAAAUGCUGCCUUUGAAAGAAACUCAGCAAAACGUUCCAAAAGCCUGUCGUACACGUCAAACGCUGCUUCUAGGUUAUGAUGGUGUAUUCUGUUAACCCUCCCGUUGUAAUGCGGGUCGAAAUCGAAAAUGUGGAGAAAAAAUAUUUCACAGUGAAACUUCUGAUGUCCACAUUUUCAACAUUUUUGGGAAAUCUUUGAACGUAUUUGGUGGAAAAAAAGAAAUGUUAGAAAUGUUUCUUAAGAGCAUUCACAAAAAAAAUCGCAGGAUUUUCGUUGAUUUUUAUGUGAAUGUUCUUAAAGAAAACAUUAGAAAUUUUACAGACAUAAAUGUAAUAACUUUGGAUAUUUUUAGGAAUUUUUUAACUCAUUUUUUUUAAAGUAUUUACAAGAAUUUUCUUGCCAAAUUUCAGGGAUUUUUUUAAAAUCAAACUUUUAUGGGGAACUUCUUAAGGAAUUUUUUUAGAAUUUUCUUCCUGAAGGUUUUGCAAAUUUUGAGAAAUUUGGGGAAUUUUUUUUCUGAAUUUUUAGAUUUUUUUCAGACAAGGAAACAAUAUUUUUUGGUGCUGUAAAUGAGGAUAACGGGAGGGUUAAUAGAAAUUUACCUCCAAUAACGUGAGCUAGAAAUGGCAUUUUUUCCUCUCUUACUGCAGUAUAAAUAUCCACAUCCAGGUUUGCUCACGUGCACACAUGAAGACGGAGGUAAACCCUCAGAUUCCAUCACUGGCUGCAAACCUGUCUCCCCUAGCAACCACCACUGCUUAGCAACCGUUCGUCAUACCGACACCGACUUGCCUCCGUUUAAUAUGCAAGCCUCACACACACACUAACCUGGUUACUUCUGAAAGCAUUCGGUCGACACGCCGUCUGAAUCCCGUGUAAACGAAGCCACAAGGCGUCUUAGAAGGAUUUGAAUCGUAAACGUGAAUUACUACGGGAGAAUUAACGUCAUAUUUGGUUCUGCGAAGCGCUUUGUGCGAUGUCACAUACAAGUGUUGUGUGUUUUUGUGUUUUAUGACAGACUGUCUGACUUUAUGUAAUGUUUAAUUUGAAUAUGUAGCUCUGUCUGAGUGCUUUGUUAUGAGGAAAAAUGUGCUUUCCAUUAUUUUAUCUGGUCAAAUAUGAUGUAAUCUUAAAUGUGAUUAACUUAUUUUUCUGAUUUUAUUUUUAGUUUGUACCACAGUGGAGUGAUUUCCAGGGAAUGAGAGGCCAUCAGGCAGUUAACCCUCCUGUUGUCCAUAUUUAUGGGCACCAAAAAAUAUUGUUUUAUGUCUGAAAAAAAUCCAAAAAUUCAGCAAAUAAAAAAAAUCCCCAAAUUUAUAAAAAUUUGUAAAAAUCUUUCGGAAGAAAAUUCCCUAAAAGUUUCCCUUAAAAAUUUUUUUUCUUUUUAAAAAUCCUCAAAUUUAUAAAAAAAAUUGUAAAAAUCUUCAGGAAGAAAAUUCCAUAAAAGUUUCUUUUAAAAGUUUUAUUUAAAAAAAAAUCCCCAAAUUUGGCGAGAAAUAAAAAUUGAAUAAAUAAAUAAAUAAAUAAAAAUUGUAAAUAUUUUCAGAAAAAGAAUAAAAAUUUUCUGAAAAAUAUCCUAAAAAUAGUGAUUACAUACAUAUCAGUAAAAACUCUAAUAUUUUCUUUAAGAACAUUCACAAAAAUAAGUCAACCAAAAUCCUGUGAAUUUCACUGGAUUUUUGUUGAUUUUUUUGUGAAUGUUCUUCAAGAAAUAUUUUUUUAAUAUUUCUUUUUUUUCCACCAAAAAUCUUUCAAAAAUUUCCCAAAAAUGUUGAAAAUGUGGAAGUUCUCACCGUGAAAAUGUAUUUUUUUCCCACAUUUUCAAACUUUAACACGAGUCAGUUUGACCUGCAGGACGACACGCGGGUUAAAAUAAAAUAAACAAACAUGAUUUAAAGGUCAUUUUAACAUAUAUUCACUUACUAUUCUGCUGUAAAGUCAUAUUUAAAUUAAAAUUAACCCCCAAAACUUGCUAGAAGAGGUUUAAAAGGCAUGUUAUCUUUAAAAAAAAAUGUCCCAUUUAGAAAGUAGAAAGCACACAAUGAAAGGAUAAUUGUUUGUUUUCUACUUUCUGAUGCCUCUGAACUCAUUGUGUUCUGUUAACCAAAUCUAAUCACUUUAUUCUACAUGAGUCAUUUAUAAAUUUACCAAAAAUAAAUAGUUUGUUUCCAUCAUAUUGUGUAAGAAAGAAAAAGUCUCAGUGAGUCAAACAUUCUGAGACUUUUCUGCUGAUCUGCAGGCAGUGUUUCAUCAGAUAGGAGAUAAGUAUGAAAAACAGGAAAAUAUCUGCAGUGUGUAGAGUGGUUUUUGUUUUCUACUGCUGGUUACAUGAAUGCUGCACACGUUGAUUCCGUUUAUUGCAAAAUAAAUUGUCCCAAAAAUUAAA